AGCACCGAGAUUCGGAAACGUCGUGCGAAAUAAUUCAGGAAGCCGAAGAAUCAAAAUCCAAAUCAAAGCAAGUUUUCACGGUCACGGGGCGGGUUUUCCCCGAAAUUCCCCGAUCGAAGGAUUUAUCCCCUAAAAAGCAUCAGCAUACGGCGCGAAAAUCAUGAAGAUAGGACUGACGCUAUUCGAAGAAGGAUAGUGGAGGAGGGAGAACCGAUUCGACCGCUGGUUCCUUUUUUGACCACGAUAUUCCCGAGGCAGAAGCCGCGAAUCAGAGGCCCGAAGCUCGCAGGUUACGAUAAUCACGGCGGCGUGGGCGACAGAAGCCCCGCAUCAAUCCCCGGAGACGACCUCCUCCCAGAAUCGUCGUCGAAUCCUCACGUCCGCAAUCUGCUCGCGGACGAAGCCUCUCGAUCCGGCUGCCCCGGCGAGCUUCCGUUCAGUCACCGUCCUCGGGCGACGGGGAAGGUCAAAAAGGGGGGAGAGCAGUUUCCGGAGGGUCAAGAAUGUGUUGAGAAUCCUUUUCCGUCUUCUUUGUUCGUCUUUACUUUUCGAGGAAGGCAGGACGACGGAGGUCAAAAAGGCGUGCGGCCGGAGGGCGGUGGUGCGGGGAUGCUGCCAAAACAAAACUUGAAAACGAGAAGAGGAAGCUUCCGCGGGGACCACCGUAGCCUAUAUAUACUCGCUCCCUCACUCACUGUUUCCCUCUCUCUCUCUCUCUCUAUCUCUACUGUUCUCUGUUCUUGCCGUACGACUCUCAUACGCCCUUCAUUUCAAAUCACCAAAAACCCCCCCACUCGCCGUCCACCUAAACCCACUCGCCAUCUCUCUCUCUCUCUCUAUCUAUCUAUCUCUCUGGCUCGCUGUCAAACCCUAGGCUCUCUCCCCGUCCGGCGACCGAUCGGCCAUGUCCGUGAAGCGCUCCCGCAACGCCGCCCGCUCCUCCGGCUCCGGCUCCGGCUCCGGCGUCGCCGGCGUCGCCAACCGGCCCUCCUCCCCCGUCCCCGACUCCCCGAGCUCCGCCGGCACCUCCGCACCGCCCUCGCCUCCCCCUCCGCGCCGCCGCCGCCGCCGCCGGGGAUCCUGACGCUGUCGUCCCCCGGGGCGGAGGACUCGGGCCAGGAGCGGAUCGGGAACUUCCUCGAGAGGUGCUGCUACUGCCAGAAGACGAUCAGGGAGAGCGACGAGGUCUUCAUGUACGGCCACUUGAGGGCAUUUUGUACGGCUGACUGCCGCGAGAAGCAGGUUGCUAUGGACAAGUUGAGAGAGAAAAGGCCCGUGGAAUCGAAGAACGUCAGAGGAGGGCACACGGUAGGAUGAGCAAGAUGGUGGAUGGGUUUUGACUUUGAAAUGAUGAAACUAGUUUUUCUGAAAGUGUGGGUAGUUAACUAACUUUAGUCGGUGCAGCUUCUGGGUCUUUUUGCUAUGAGCGUGCACUUCUACAUAGGGUAGGAUCGAUUUCCAAACUGUUUUUGGGAACUUGUACAGUUCGCUGCUGCUUCAAGUAUCAACAAUGCCAUAUUUUGAUGUUGAAUUGUUGAUCGAUACGACAAUCUGCUUUUGGGUAUAAGCAGGUGUUUUUUGGAACUAUAUCUCGGGUAUUAUACUUAAUGAACUAUGAUUAACACCUUCUGAUGUAACUAAAUAUUCGUCAAAAAUUCCUUAUGUAUGGAUUCGGGAAGCUGGUA